AUUGACCAGGCUGCUCUGAUCGUCCGACACCAUUUUCCUGCGGGCACGAGGCGAUGCAGUGCUGAAGACCCACGGCCCCAGCCCAGGGACCUUGCUAGGAUGGGGCCGCCGUGGCUGUGGCUGCUGGAAACAGGGAUCCUGGCCUCUGUCUGUUGUCAGCCCUUUCCCGCCCAUGGAGAUAAGAGUCUCGGGGUGCCUCAAGCCCCCAGGGACCAGCUCUCAGAGCCAGCCCCCGCCUACCAUAAAGUCACACCCGCCAUCACCCACUUUGCUCUGCGAUUGUAUAAGCAGCUGGCAGCAGAAACCCCGGGAAACAUCUUCUUCUCGCCCGUGAGCAUCUCUAGCACCCUGGCCCUGCUCUCUCUUGGGGCCCAAGGGGACACUCCGACUCAGAUCCUGGAGGGCCUCGGCUUCAACCUCACGGAAACCCCGGAAGCUGACAUCCACCGAGGUUUCCAGAGCCUCAUCCACACCCUUAACCGGCCCAGCCCCAAACAUGAACUCAAAGUAGGUAACUCCCUGUUCCUGGACAGGCAGCUAAAGCCUCGGCAGCACUUUCUGGAUGCCAUCAGGGAGCGAUAUGGGGCUUUCGCUUUUUCCGCCAACUUCACAGAUUCUGCCACAACCGGGAGGCAGAUUAACGACUACGUGAGAAAGCAAACGUAUGGGCAGGUGGUGGACUGCCUCCAGGAGUUCACGCGAGACACGCUCAUGGUUCUUGUGAACUACGUCUUCCUCAAAGCUAAGUGGAAGCAUCCUUUCAAUCGCUACCAGACCCAGAAGCAAGAGAGCUUCUCUGUGGACGAGAGGACCUCUCUCCGCAUCCCCAUGAUGCACCAGAAGGAAAUGCACCGGUUCCUCUAUGACCAGGACGUGGCUUGCACCGUCCUCCAGAUAGAAUACAGUGGAAACGCCCAGGCACUGCUGAUCCUCCCUGACCCUGGGAAAAUGGAGCAGGUGGAGGUGGCUCUGCAGCCAGAGACCCUGAGAAAAUGGGGCCAAUUGCUCCUGCCCAGCCUGUUGGACUUGCAUUUGCCAAGGUUUUCCAUUUCUGGAUCAUAUAACCUGGAAGAGAUACUUCCCCACAUUGGUCUCACCAACAUUUUCAACUUAGAAGCUGACUUAUCAGGAAUCACCGGGCAACUCAACAAAACCAUCUCCAGGGUGUCGCACAAGGCAGCCGUUGACAUGAGUGAGCGGGGAACCGAGGCAGGGGCUGCCUCCGGCCUCCUCGCCCAGCCCCAGUCUCUCAAUGCAACCUCGGCCCCACACGCCCAUUUCAACAGGCCUUUCCUGGUGCUCCUUUGGGAGGUGACCACUCAGAGUUUACUCUUCCUGGGAAAAGUCGUCAACCCGGCCGCAGGGUGACCGCGGUGGGAGGCCGGGGGGUGUCUUGUCUCUCCCCCCUCAAACAAACAGGACGGCCAGCACCAGCCUGUAUCACGGGCUGCUGUGAGGACCAGUGUGCAAAGAUGCUAAUAAAGUUGACCUUGGGUUUUGUGAA